AUAACCUCCAUCUCCGUCGCCGGUGACCGACCCACCUCGCCGCCGAUGGGUGCCACAGAUCCCGUGGUGGCGAAAGAGAGCGAAAAUGUAGAGGGGGAGGGAGGAGAGCAGGAGAAGGGAAAAGCAGAAGCAGUGGUGAAGGAUUUGGAGAAAGGUGAAGGGGGGUUAAGCGCCACAAACCCUCUGCGGCUUGUCAUGAACAGCGCCACCAGAGUGCCCCCAGUCUCGCCUCACCCUCGCUCCACUCCUUCUCCUGCGCAGUCUCGAGCCACUCCUUCUCCUGCUGAUCAGCCUCGUGCCACUCCAACCCCACAGCGGUUUUCCAUGGUGUCGCAUCAAUCAGUUGUGACUCUGAGUUCAAGAACAUACACAGACAGGUUUUCUCUGUUCGUCUUCCUUCUCCACAUGGUGGUGGCUUUUGGACUAGUAUGCUUCCUUAUAUACAAGGGUAUUCAAGGACUAAUAGAACCUGGGUCGAUUCAGAGAAAGGAGGAAAGGAUUUUACAAUUUUUUCUGCCCCAGGUUGAGGCCGCUUCCCUUUUGAGCAUAACGCUGGCAUUUGCAUGGCAAAAAGCAGUGAGAUUGUGGCCUGAAGUCAUGGUUCACUUCAUACUAUGGAGUUCCUUUGCCAUGUCCUUAUCUGCCGGAAUUCUUCUAAUUUGCUUCCAAAAGCCAUCCAUUGAUGGUGUUGGCGUCCUCUUCAUUGCCUUUGCAAUUGGUAACGGCCUAUAUGCCUGUUGGGUCAACCAGCGAAUCAAGUUUUGUGGCAAGGUAUUGAUCAAAUCACUUGAACCAUUGGGGAAGUUUCCUGACUUGAAUCAACCAACCUAUUGGAUGCUUGGUGCUGGGUUCAUGUGGAUGUCCCUGUGGAUUCUAGCCGUUAUGGGGUCUUUGAAUUUCUAUAUUCCACCAUUGAUUAUAAUUGCACUGAUGUUGAGUUUGGCCUGGACGGCUGAAGUCAUGAGGAAUGUGGCUAAUUUGACCGUUAGCAGGGUGAUUGCCUUGUUUUAUCUCAGGGGAAUGCAGUCUAACACUCAGUUCUGCUUCCAAAGAGCCCUGUCAAAGAAUUUGGGAAGUGCAUGUCUUGGGUCCCUCUUCGUGCCCACAAUUGAGGCUCUAAGGAUUGUGGCCCGAGGCCUGAAUUUGCUUGAGGGAGAAGAUGAGUUCAUGUUUUCAUGUGCUCAUUGUUGUCUUAGAGUGAUGGAGUCUAUAUUCAGAUAUGGUAAUGGCUGGGCUUAUGUGCAGAUAGCAGCAUAUGGAAAAGGGUUCGUCAUGGCUUCACAAGACACUUGGAAGCUCUUUGAGGAUCAACAAAUGGAAGCCCUUGUUGACUCUGACAUGACGAGUGCAAUCUGCUUCCUCACUGGAGUCUGCAGCGGCUCCAUCUGUGUAAUUGUGGUGGCUGCUUGGACUGCCAAAGUCCACCAGAUAUUCACAGCCACCAUCUCCCUCCUGGCCUUCUUCAUUGGUUAUCUUAUGACUAGGAUUGCCAUGGCAGUGCCACAGGCAUGUGUCAGCUGUUACUAUGUCUGCUAUGCUGAGAAUCCUGAAAGCCGACUGUUUGACAAAACGAUUUCAGAUCGGCUAGAGUUGAUGAAAUCUGGCCGUGACGUUGUCAUGCCUACACCUCGAGUUCCUCGGAGAUUCAUGACUUAA